GAGCAAACAACUGCCCCGGACUCACCACCAGAGCAAACAACUGCCCCGGACUCACCACCAGAGCAAACAACUGCCCCGGACUCACCACCAGAGUCUCCACCAGAGUCUCCACCAGCUCCAGAGUCUCCACCAGCUCCAGAGUCUCCAGAGCAGCUCCGGAGCCUCAUCCCGUGCGGACCGGGGGGACUCAGUCUGAAGCUGUCUGGUCUUCUCUUGUCUUCUCUUCUUUUGUUUUGUUUUUGUUUUUUUUUUCGGUGGAUUAUCUCGUUUCUCUUUUUAAUCUGACGUCAUGGAUCCGAGCGGCGCGUCCCUGUCGCGUAAAGGCGCGUGUGAGUGCGCGCCUCCGCCCGGCUCUGCGCGCUCCUUCCCGGGGCUCCCCGCGGCUCUGUGGCGCUGUGUCCCCGGGUUCCCUGUGGCUCUGUGUCUCCUCAUGUCUCUGAGCUCCGUGUCCCUGUGUCUUCUCACGAGCUUCAGGACGCAGCAGCUGGAGACGCACAGGACAUCAGCGCUUCUCCGGGAGGACGGGACACUGUCUCCUGAACUGAGAGCUUCAGUGGGACAACUCAUAGAAGAGAAAAUGAAGUCACUGAUGCCCAAAGUGAGAACAGCCAGAGACGUCCCAGAGUGCACCUGUCCCCCAGGACCUCCGGGAAAACGAGGACGCAUCGGACGAAGAGGCGAACCCGGUCCUCCUGGAAAGAGCGGACGAGACGGAUACCCGGGUCCUCUGGGUUUGGACGGAAAACCAGGCCUGCCGGGGCUGAAGGGGAGUCAGGGACCAGCUGGGCCCAAGGGAGAAAAGGGAGACAGAGGAGAUGUGGGGCCGAGGAUGGUCUUCCCUCGUUAUGACCACGGCUUUAUCGCUGGAGAACAAACCAGCAGCUUUCAGAGAAGAUUUCUGAAGGGGGACCAAGGUCAGGCUGGACCUCCAGGGGCCCCCGGGCUCCCCGGGCCCCCCGGCCCCCGCGGACCUCCAGGGAACACGGGCAAAGACGGACCUCGAGGCCCCACCGGAGAACCGGGUUUUCCAGGUCGUGACGGUUAUGAGGGAGCUCCAGGGACGCCAGGAAAACCUGGGGAGGACGGUGAACCUGGAGAACCUGGACCUCAGGGGCCUCCAGGACAGAAGGGGGACGUUGGUUUUGGAGAGAAAGGCGAGCGUGGAGUGGACGGGACGCCCGGGGUCAAGGGGGACAAGGGGGAGACGGGAGAGCAGGGACCUCAGGGACCUCAGGGGCCUCAGGGGCCAGUGGGUUACCCCGGGGAAAAAGGCUCCUCCGGCUCCUCCGACAUCAUCGACUUUAAUGGAAAACUCCUGGACGCGUUUCAGGCCAUCGACACCAUCAGCGUCUCGGGCCCACCUGGACCACCUGGACCCCCGGGGCCUCCAGGGGAGAAGGGGGAGCUGGGGUUACCUGGACCCGCAGGACUGGACGGAGAAAAGGGGCCUAAAGGCGACUCUGGUGAAGCUGGAGCUCCAGGACCGAGAGGAGAGAGAGGAGAGAUGGGUUUAUCAGGCCCCACUGGGGGGGAUGGACAGAAGGGAGAAAAGGGCGACUGUAAACUGGACGAUAAUCUGGUCCAGAUGAUUUCACAGCCAGGUCCUCCGGGUCCUCCUGGUCCUCCGGGAGCGCCUGGGACUCCUGGAUCCACGGGUCUUCAUGGGAUGCCAGGUCCAAAGGGUGAACCUGGGUUUGGGCUGAAGGGAGAGAAAGGAGAAAGUGGCUCUCCAGGUUUCAGAGGCUCUGACGGACACCCGGGCUCGCCGGGCGCUCCGGGGCUGGUGGGUCUCCCUGGAGCCAAAGGAGAAAAAGGUCGACCGGGAGAACCUGGACUAGAUGGUUUCCCGGGGAUGAUGGGGGACAAAGGAGACAGAGGAGAGAGAGGAGAGAAGGGCGACAGAGGUGCGGUGGGGAAGAGGGGUCUGAAGGGACAGAAGGGGGAGCAGGGUCCUCCGGGUCUGGACCAGCCCUGUCCUGUGGGCUGUUCUGAGACUAAAGGUCAGUCUGCCGAGGCUCCGCCCUCUUCCUCUGCUCCUCCUCUUCCUCCUGUCGUCCCUGACGCUCCGUGUCCUGUGGGACACGACGGUUUGCCGAUCCCCGGCUGCUGGCACAAGGAGGAGAUGACGAGACUGAAGCUCAAACGUAAGAGACUGUCUCAGCCCUGAGCCACCGGGAGCCGCAGGAGGAGCCGCAGGAGGAGCCGCAGGAGGAGACCCUGCAGCAGACGGGCCUUUGUGGAGCUGGAGGAGCUUUGCCGAUGUAACGUGGCGCCGGACACUCACAGCCACUGUCGUUAAUGUCCAGGAGGGGGCGACACGGGACGCAGCCUUUGGUCGUGGCACAUACAGAUAUCUUUACUGCACAGAGGGGGCGCUCUUCUGGACCGGACACUUUCAAAAAGGUGUUUUGCAAAUGAAACGCAUGAGACGACUUUACGACUUGUGGUCCCUGUUUGACACAAUGACGUUAGAUUUAGAUUCACGAGUCGCGUCGACGGAGUUUUAUUUUAACACGAUUUAAUCGUUUUGAUUUUUUACAAUGUUUUUUGUCCGUUUUCAUUUUGCAUUCCUGUCCCAGGGCAACAUAAACACAUGUAUAAGAUGGAAAAGUAAUUUUAACGACUCUGUGUGAAAAAUACAAGAAAUGUGUCAAAUAAAGAGAACUUAAGAGCUGUUAGAGCAGAUCUAUGGAGAAGCGAGGAUCAAUCUGACUAAACUUAAACCAUUUUAACAUUAAAAUCGUUUAUGGCCCAUCAAACAGUUCAGACCUGCCUCAGCACAAACACAAACACAAACACAAACACAAACACAAACACAAACACAAACACAAACAAACACAAACAAACACAAACACAAACACAAACACAAACAAACACAAACACAAACAAACACAAACAAACACAAACACAAACAAACACAAACACAAACACACUGAGGUUAAGUCUGAGUUUAACCUUUUUAUGAAAUGACUGAUUUAAGUGUAAGCCAUAAAACACACACACAUAACACACACACACAGACAACACACACACAUAACACACACACACAGACGACACACACAUAACACACACGCACACACAGACAACACACACACAUAACACACACACAUAACACAUACACACAGACAACA